AUGGUCACUGCAGGCCUGCCCCCGAGCAAACUUCCAAAUCUUUUGAGCUUCACCCAUGGCUGCUUCUACCUGUGCAACAGCGAGACUGCUUGUGAUCUCAUAUCAGAAAGGAUCUGGAGUGAUUCCAGUGAAGCUGACAGAGCUACUCCUGUUUCACAUCAAGAGGAGAAGAUGGUGAUCGAAAGGAAGGUCUGGGGCACGGUCAAGUGGUUCAAUGUCCGAAAUGGCUAUGGCUUCAUCACAAGGAGCGACAAUAAGAGGGACGUGUUUGUACAUCAGUCGGCCAUAAAGAAGAACAAUCCCUGUAAGUACCAUCGCAGUGUGGGCGAUGGGGAGAGGGCGGAGUUUGAUGUGGUUCUAGGGGAUAAAGGCCUGGAGGCUGCCAAUGUCACAGGUCUCGGCGGCAUUCCCGUGCAAGGCAGCAUAUACGCUGCAGACCGUCGCAAGUGCUCGUUGGGUCUAAGGAGGAGUCCGCCUCACAAGAGUUACCACCUUUGUGAAAGCAUGCCAAAGAACGAGGCAGCAAGGAGUGCACCAGAAAAUGGGAAUCUGCCCUACAGUGGCCAGUCUUGUUUGAUGCACACAUCCUAUGGGUAUCAGCCGUGUUCCAAUUCUGUGAGCGCAGAAGUGGUGCAUGCGGAAGGUCAGUGUGUCCAUGCAGAGCAAAGCAAACCAGUGAAACAGAGCAUAUACCAGGGCUUCAGGCAGCUUCUCAGCUUGGGGCAGCGUUGUCUGAGACAGCCGAGAGAGGAGGGAGGAGAAAAAUGUAACAGAAGCCCCCAGGCAAAUGAGACCGAAGUCGAAGCAGUAAGUCAACAUUGUUACCAUCCUAACUUCAGUUACCUACGCAGACGCCCACGGAAUGUGAAACCACUAGAUGGCAAAGAGACCAAGGAGACCUCUGGACCACCAGCUGGAGACACCCUGGCUCCUGAGACCAUCAGCCAACAACCUGGCACUACUCAGCUAUCAAACAAGAAGGAAUAA